CCACUAUUCCUGUUGAAAAUAUUGUUGAAUUUGAUUUGAUCAUCCAAUUAAUUUCUGGUCAAUUUUCUUUCUGGUUCUGAAUGUGAAAAGAAAACAUUUUAAUUCAUUCAAUCAUCAUAACAAAAUGGAGCUUCUUAUACAAACAUUACAGCUUGGUAAUGAUGAACAAAUUUCCACCGAAUUGGUCAAAUUUUUUCAAAAGUAUGGAAAUACAACUAUUCUACAAGAUUCAUUACCAUUAAAACAAAAAUUAGUUGAUAAUCUAUUUCGAGUAUUAAGAGAUCAACAAAAAAUUCAUCUUUAUGCAACAACAUUACAAGUAUUACGUAUAUUAACAAGAGAUAAUUCAACAGUAGAUACAUUAUUUUCAAAUGAUCGCAUUGAAACCCUAUUACAUUUAGCAAUGUUGGUUGGUGAAGAUGAAGCAUUUAUGACUGAAAAUAGUCAAUCAUUUGAUGCUAAAAUUGUUGUUGAAUCACAAAAAUGUCUUUCAAAUUUGAUUGCUUUAUCAUCAACAAUACGUCGUACUUGUAGUAAUAAUUCUUGUAUUGAUGGUAUAAUGCUUAGACUUCGUAUGCAUCCAGAUCCUAAUCUACCAUAUGAGGUUAAAUAUUUUGACAUGUUAAUGUUAUUCUUUUUAACUGCUUAUUGUGCCGAAUUACGUCAAAAAAUACGUGAUGAAUAUCAUGGUUUAAUUUAUUUAAUGGAAGCAAUUGAUUUAUUAUUGAAAAAUAAUGCCGAAUAUUUGGCCGAAAAUAUGCCAUAUAAAAAUAAACGUCGUUCAAAAGGUUCAAGACGUGGUAAACGAAAUAAUAGUAAUAAUAAUGCUCAAUCAUCAAAUACCGGUGGUGGUGGUGGUGAAACAGCUAAAAAUUUUGAUGAAAUAAAUGAAACAAUGUCAGAUUUACGUUUGGAUGAUACACUUGUAGCUUAUUGUCUUGAUGAUUGGGAAGUUAAUCUAUCCAUACAAGUUAUUAAAGUAUUAUUCAAUCUAACAAUGAAUAUUGAUUCAAAUUCAAUGAAUGAGUUUGAAGAAGCACAUUUUUUUCGUUUAGUAUCAAUAUUACAUGAUCUUCUACUCUGUGAUACAAAAAAUGAUGAUCGCAAAGAAGAUCUACAAAGCCAUAUUGUUAAUCUAUUAACCAAUAUGCCUCCACAGAGUUAUGAAGAGCUUUUAUCGAAAAUUGCCGAACUUGGUAAACCAGAAAAUCCUGAACAUGAAUAUAUGGAAAUGAAUCUUGAAGUAAUAGCUGCAUUAUUGGAUUUUUUACGUAUUCGUCUUGAUGAUGCAGAUAAAUCGAAUGCCCUUGAACGUUUGGCACCAAUAUUACAAUGUUUAAUACGAGCUUGUGAUGCUCAUCCAAUCAUUCGAAAAUAUGUUCGUUAUCAAAUAUUACCUCCAUUAAAAGAUGUACAAAAUCGACCCGAACAAGGCGAUACAAUGCGAAAUAAAUUGGUUCGAUUGAUGACAUCAACCAAUGUUAAUCUCAAACAUUUAUCCGCACAUUUUCUAUUCAUCCUAUGCAAAGGAAAUGUUGGCCGUUUAAUUAAAUAUACUGGCUAUGGUAAUGCUGCAGGAUUAUUGGCCAGUCUUGGUCUAAUGAAAACAGAUUCAAAAAUGUUAAAUUAUUCAUCGGAUUCAGAAGAAAGUGAAACAGAAGAAUAUUCAUCAAAUGUUGAUAAAAUAAAUCCAAUUGUUGGAUGUGUUCAAGAAGAAGGACCCGAUCCAUUAGCCAAUAUGACUGAAGAGCAAAAAGAAUAUGAAGCUAAUCGUUUAGUUAAUGCUAUUGAUCAACUUCAAAGAAGUGGUAUAAUACAACCAUGUCGUAUUGGUGCUGAUGGUAGACCACAACCAGUGGAACAUGUAUUACAAUUACAAGAAGAAUAUCAACGAAAUAAUCAUUCAUCAAACAGAAAACAACAACAACAACAAUCAGAUUCUGAUUCUGAUUGAAUUUAUUUAUUCCAACAACACAAAAACGAAGUGUUUUUUUUUGCAUCAUCAUUAUCAUC